AUGAAGCAAACGGCAACGUUCGACUACAAGUUCCCGAUGGACUCGGGGUUUGGCCCCCAGAGCCACCACGACAUGGACUCGCUCAAGUACGACACCUCGUCCUACGAAGAGCUGUUUGGAGACCUGCACGAGGUGACCCCCCAGCCCAACGACCCGUCGCCUGGCACAAAGAUGCAGUCCAUCGAGGACUUUCAGGACCUAGACGUGGAUCUGCUGGGACUCGUGCAAGGCAACCACCCCGGCGGAAGUAGUCACAACAGCAGUAGCGGAGUGGCGUACUCAAACCCCACCCCUGCCAACGCCUCCGUCAACUCGUCCAACACAAACAUCAUGUACCCGUCGACACUGCCGUCACCACAGCUGGGUACGCCCAUGUCGCAAAUGAGCCUGACGUCGCAGUCGAUAUCGUCGAGCGAGAGCCUACAUCACACGCCACCCAUGAGCAUGACGGCGUUGUCGUCGCAUCAGCAGUCGCCGUUCCAACAUCAGCAACUGCAACAGCAGGUCACCCAGCAGCUCCAGCACCAGCAGCACCCGCCACAACAGCAACUUCAGCAUCCUCAACAACAGCCCGUGCCAGGACAGGGCCCACCACAACAGCAGCCCUCGAUGCAGCAACAACCACAGCAGCAGAUGGCACCCCAGCAGCAGCCCGCUGCCGCACAGGCCCGCCGACAGCCCUGGAACGUGAACAUGAACAUGGUGUCGGCGCCCACCCCAUGGGGCGCCUGGGGUCUCGGUGGCUCCGCAGCAGCAGCCGCCGCAGCCGCAGCGCUGUCGCAGCACAACGGCGUGAGAGUGUCGCACAUUCCCGUGUCCAACAACCCUGCGCCACGGAAGAAGCUCAGUGAGCACCAGCUGCGAGUGCUGGAAAAGGUGUUCAACGAGACGCCCAAGCCGUGUCUCAAGACACGCACGGAGCUGGAGCGGGACCUUGAUCUGCCGAAAAAGAACAUCCAGAUCUGGUUCCAGAAUCGCCGGGCCAAGGAGAAGCAGAACAUCAAAAAGCGGGAGGGCGAGCUGGCCAACGCCGCCGCCAACAGCAGUGCGAGCAACAGUGCCAACAACCCGUCGUCUGCAGUACGACAACCACACAUGGCUGCUGCUGCUGCCGCCGCCGCCAUCAACAGCGACGGCCCCCAGCCGGACCAAAACAUUAACAAUCCGCCCAUGAAACCCGUUAUGCAUAUCCCCAACGCCAAUGGCAAACAGGUGCCCACCACCACCCGACAACGGCCCGGUCUUUCUCUCCAGCGCACAUUCUCUACCACUUCUCAAUCUUCUAUUAACAACACACACACACCGACCACCCCGGUCAUGGGAGCUCCUCCAAAGAACCCCACGACCCCCGUGGGCCUCGGAGGCAGCACCAAGCAUCCUUCCUCCACAUCGCUGCCAGCGCUGGCAUCGACAACCAAUUCUGAUACGCCCAAACGGCACCGGUCCAACUCGUCGGCGUCGUUUGACCGACGGUCCAGCACCAGCGCAACGGCCUCUAACCAGUCUGCCCUUGUCGGUAUGGGCAUCUCCAUGCCUGCCGGGGGCCACGGCCACUCGCGGGCGUCAUCCACGUCGGUUCUGGGGCCUCCUCUCGAGCGCAAGACGCCUGCCGAGACGCUAGCGGCCGCUUCCAAAAUGCGCCGAAGCAACUCGUUUAUGGGCAACAACAUGUCUCUGUCGCGACGAGGCUCGGAGACUGCGUCGGCCCCCGGCCACGCGCGCAAGAACUCGAUGCCCAUGAACCAUGUGACGGGCCAGGUGGGCUCAGUGACGUCGCUGACGUCGAUCAUGACGCCCUCGCUGUCGCACACACCCUCUGGUUCAGGCCAGGUGACCCCAAACUUGAUGACUCCACACACACCUCAAUUCUCGCUGGACGACGGAGAGGUGACACCAUUGAAUUCGCCCUCUGCAUUUACCGGCCAUAUGAUGACACCGGGCCCUGGACCUGCCACCCCAAUGUCGUCGCAAUUCCGAGAUCGCUCCUUCAGCCAGUCGUCUCUCUACGGCCCUAUUGCCGAGGAUCAUGCUCUAGAGACUACAAGCACUAAUGGACAGAGUGGACAGCAUAUGAACAACAACAGCAUCAACAACAAUGGAUCGCACUCAAAUAACCAGCCCAUGCAGUUUGGCAAUCCUGUGGAGUUUGAUGUGGGCGGAGGCAACGGAAACGGAGGACAGAGCAACGGUGGUGCCGGCAACAGCAUGAGCUUCGGAGUGAAUAGCAUCGCAGGUGCCUCUCGGGACUCGUCCGUCUACACUACCAACUCCAACGGGUUCUCACAGAGCCAGGGAAGCGGUAGUUUCACCAGUCUCAGCACGUCGGUGGACAGCAUGUCUGCAGUUUCCAUGGUGAUGCCCGACUCCACGCCCAUGUUUACUCCGACCAUGGAUGACGCCACCAUUGCUGGAGGCGACUCCGACGGCAAGCGCAUCAGCGUUGUCAAGGAGGAGGAUGAUCCAUAUUUCCAGUUUGUUCUUUCUUCCAUGUUCCCGCAGGACCAGGCUCACGACAAUGACGAGUUCUACAACACCAUGAUGGGCAUUAGCUAG